UCAGCAACUUAUAGCGGGACUGCGGCAGGCAUUCUGACACUGGCGGGAACUGACUUGGUGUCACUGACAUCCCCAGUGACACCAAUACAGUGAUCAGUGCUAAAAAAAAGCAUUUGCACUGUACUAAUGGCACUGGGCAGGAAGGGGUUAACAUGAGGGGCGAUCAAAGGGUUAACUGUGUGCUGUGUGUUUUUACUGGGGGGGCGGUGUGUUGUGCUCUGGAUGACUGUGCUGUGCACAGCCAUCCAGAACAGUGUGCCUGAGCUGACAGGGAGGAGGACUGUAAACAGCAGUCCUCAUCAGAGAUGCUCGGUAAUCACAGAGUGCCUGCGGGUAAUCACCGGCCGGAACAUAGUGAUUGACAGCUGUGACCGCAAAUGGCAUCGC